AUGACAGUCCAGCAAGCCGGCGGCGGAGGCAUUUGUCCGCCGAACGGAGCAAGCGGAGUACUGCUCCAACCUCCACCACGAUCCAGAUUCAUGAUAACAGACAUUUUAUCUGGCGGCGGACAAACCACGAAUGUAAUGGCAAGUGACAGAGGGAUCUUGGGAUCAGAUUUAGGAAUCCGUGACCACGGGUCGGGUAGAUCUCCUUCGCCACGGGACUUGACGCUGCAUAGGACGAUGCCGUCGGACAGAUCACAAUUAGAAAGCGCAAGGCGGCACAGCAGCGAUCAUGCUCUUAUGGACGAAAGUGAUGAUGAUGACAGUUCCGGUCCAAUGGAUUCCGGAAGCGUUUGCAGUAAUGAUGGCAAAAUGGAUGAUGAAAAUUCCCCUAAAGGAUCACUAACCUCUCUAUGUGGCGAUCGAUCGCGAGACUUGGUUGUUGGACAAGGAAGCUCUGGAGGCCAAAACUCCAGUCACAACUCUGGAGGAACUUCGUCUGGAGUUGGUAAUGGAGGGUCUCUCAGCAAAAAGCAAAGAAAAGCUAGAACAGCAUUUACAGAUCAUCAGUUACAGACACUCGAAAAAUCAUUCGAACGACAAAAAUAUUUGAGCGUACAAGACAGAAUGGAGUUGGCUGCCAAAUUAGGUCUAAGUGACACACAAGUCAAGACGUGGUAUCAGAAUAGAAGAACGAAAUGGAAACGACAGACGGCUGUUGGAUUAGAACUUCUAGCUGAAGCCGGAAACUACGCAGCCUUUCAAAGGCUAUACGGAGCCCCCGCGGCGUACUUGGGAGCAGGCUGGCCAUAUCCUCCACCUCUUUUUCUUUCUGCUUUUUUUCAGGCAGCGGCUGCAGCUCUCCAAAAACCUUUGCCAUACCGUUUAUAUCCGGGUUCGCUCGGUCCUAUGGCUGUUCCUGGACCUAGUGCAUCCUUUCCGCAUCUAACAGCCAGUAACUCACUUAGUUCGCUCUCAAGUUACUACCACCACCACCAACAACAGCAGCAAUUGGCAACACGAAUACCACAGCAAAUAGAUAGUCCUCCACUAGAUCCAGGCAGCCCUCCAACCGCAAGAUCCGAUGAUAGGAGCCCUCUGCUUAGACGCGACAGCAGAGAUACCGACGAGGAUGAAGAAGUGAAAGUUUAA